CUCUGACAGGUGGCCCUACUGGUACCGCGUCCUUGCACGCCGGCUGGCCCAAACGGCAGCAUUUCCAAAUUCCAAUUUCAAAUCUCCCGAGCCGUAGCGACUAGCGAGUAGCGAGGCGGAGAAGAAGCCCAACCCCCCAUCCAUGGCGAGACCCAGGGCGACGACCGCCGCCGCCUCCAGGCCUAGGCGGGCCAGCACCAAGCCCAAGGCGCACUCCUUCCUCUCCCCCGUCGCGCCGCCGCCGCCAUCCGCCCGUGCCCGCGCGCGCGCCGGCCCCUCCUCCCCGUCGUCGUCGUCGCCGUCCACCCCCACGGCGGCGGGCCUCAGCUUCCUCUCCUCCCCGGGAUCCUCCGCCUCCCCGAAUCCCGCGCCCAGGUCCAGGUCGUCGAGGCGCUCGCCGCUCGCCAGCCCGCGCACCGGCACCGCCUCCCCUCUCUCCGCCGCCGUGGCGCCGGGGGGCCCCGCCCCGUCCCCUGCAUCCGCGGCGGUCUCCAGCGUCGGGGACCUCAGAAGCUCCGCCGCCUCGCAGAUGGAGGCCCUCAAGCGCCGCCUCGACGAGCUCCACUCCCGCGCCCACACCGACCUCGACGCCUCCCUCUCCCGCGCCUCCAAGCGGUUCAAGAUCCAGGACCACGCCUGUCAGCAGCUUACAGAUGAAGUGGACAAGGAGUACAAGAAGAUGUCUGACAGCAUAAAUGAAAAUACAGAGAUGAUCAAGGCAAAGUACAAGCAGAUCAUGGCAGAGGCACAAUCAUCUACAUCUCGUGUGUGCAAGGUGACAAUCCCUGAAAUGACGAAGUCUGUGGAGAAAGCUAUCGAUGGUCUGCGCAGCCGUUAUAAUAUCUCAAUGCCAGUAUAGGUAGCAGUUCAAGCUCCACAUACUACACUUCUGAGCAUCUUCACUUGACGUGAUCGUAUGGACCGUGAUUCCGUGAAGCCUUGCCUUCAGCAUGGCGGUGGUCACUACUGUUUGGACAUAUGUAGAUAAAAGGAGUACACAAACAUCACGCCAUUCAUAUUAUCAUAUAUAAUCAAGAACAUAGGGUGGUAGUUCAUCAGUAUAGAAAAGAGUAUAGGUAGUUCAUCAAUUACCUUUCCUGCCUGCUUGUUUUGUGAAGCAGGUCGUACCUCCUGUUUUCAUUUGCUAAACUGGUAUGUCCUCUGACCAACUUCAUUGUGUUCUCAAAACCAAUGAUAUAAAGACUCGGUACAUAGCACCUUUUCCAAAAGAGGAAAUUAACUGAAGAGAACUUCUGCAGA